UGUAUUUACAAAGGUCCAGCCUUUUGAAAAUGCAUUGGGAAACCGUCCAUUAGUUACAACGUUCGACACUGUUUCGUCUUGAUGGUCGAUAUUUUGGAUUACCUGUAGUAAUGGCCGUUAACAGUGUGCUGUUAUGAAUCAAACGCUAGAAAUCAUAAUUUGUGCUUUGCUUGCAGAACAUUCACUUGUAUCACAAUUUCAAUGUUAUAUUUCUCAAUCUUUAGAAUAGGAACCAAAUCUUAUUUUAGGCGGAUUCUUAUUUUUACACUACAGUCAUGUUUGCAAAAUAGAUUUCAAAAGAUCAAAGUUGUGAUUGUUAAACCUUGUAAUUGGCCGGCCUAAGAGUAAUUGCAUUUUAAACAGCAUUUUUUCCUAGCUGAGGGCUCUAUCAGUCACACAUUAAUUAGUUGAUUGAUUGAUUGACAAAUGUAAUAUUACCAUAUAAAACAAAGGAAAUAUUUAACCUCGUAUUAUUGAGCGAGUCUGUCAAUCCUGUAUGUAUUUGCAUUGCAGUCGAGCUCUGGACAUAUUUAAGUUCUGCUUUUCAAUACUGACAGACUGCAUUCUCAUUCACUUUUAAUGUGAAGUGCUUCCACACAACUGAUGCUUUUGCUCUUUAAUUGGAUCCUCAUCUGCUAUGCACUUUCUUCCUUCCUUGAAAUUGCUGAAUAAUCUAGAAAUAGAAAUUUUUAUCGAUUGCUUGUUUAUAUGCAUUUAUCCCGCAUUUAUUAACAGUAAGAAGACAAUAGCUGAAGGACGCCGAAUACCAACUGAAAAGGCAGUGGAAAAUCCCACAUGCUGUGAAAUCCGAGACGUUUUGAGUGCUGCUGGAAUGAACGCUUUCGUUGAGGGUAAGAUGUACCCUCGAGAGUGGAACAGGGACACGCAGAUCAGGGGACGAGUGCGAGUCCAGAUCAAGAAAGAAGAUGGAACCCCCUUUGAUGAAAAAUUGUCAUCCCGGAAGAGCGUCAUGUUUUACGUGGCAGAGAAGAUCCCCAAGCUGAAGACACGGACGCAGAAGAGUGGUGGCGGUGACCAGAAUGCACAGCAAGGCGAGGGGGGCAAAAAGAGCAAGAAGAAGAAGAAAUAAUUCUGUGCCCCCCACCCCCAUCCAUACGUGAACAGUGUUUGUUGUAUCCCUGGCAGAUAACAGUUUAAGCACCUCCUCUGCUGGGAGUCGGGAGUAAUAAGCAGGCAGUGCAGCCAUUUAAUACACUAUGGCUGUAUAAGCGAAGGAGAUACUGCAAAUGGGAGCGACUCUGUGUUAGUGCCACAUAAUUAUGGUGGUUGCCCUUUUUUCAACGUGCUUUUUGCUUUUGAAUUCAGCAGUUGGAUUGUUUUACGUUGACACAAUCUUUUGAGUAGAUGUGUAAUGAAAAUAAAGAUUGCCUUCAUUGGCUUAUAUGCUCCCAGUA